AUGGGCGGUGGCGGCGGCGGCGACGAGCGGGCGGCGGCCCCGGCUCCCCAGGCUCUCCCUCGGCCUUCGCGCGCGCCCGCCCUGGCCCGGCGGGCCUGUCUGCGGCGGAGGAGCGCUCGGGUCCGCGCGACUGCGGCCGCCGAGCCUAGCUCACCCCGCCGCGGCCAUGGCGGGCGGCGCCGCGCAGGCCGCCUCCCCCCUGCGCUUCCCGGUCGGCCCCCGGGUCCCCGGCGGCGGCGCUGGCCUCCCGAGGCGCGGUGCUGCCCGCGAGGAUGCUCGGGCGCCCUCCCCCGCCGCAGCCCCCGCCCCGCCCCGUCGCCGCCUCUUCCCUCUGCCCUGGAAGCAGAUCGGCGGCCGAAGAGGGAGGUCCCGUGCCGGCGCGGCCGCGCGCGAAUGUGGGGUCGGGACCUGGGGCCGCGCCUCACGCAGGCAGGCGUGAGGGGCCGCAGUCCACGCCGUUGGAAGCUUAGCGCCUCGGUGUCCUUACCCUCCCGGUCUCCGCGUCCUCCACCUCCCUCGGGCCUAACACUGGGACGAGAGGAAGCUGGCAGUGACUGCUUAGGACUAGCUCUAGACUUGAAGAAGAGAGGGGAGCCUUAUUUCUGUGGGCACCGCCCUUCUGACCAGAUGACCUCCACUGUAGAUAAGGCCUCUCCCUAGUACUUGAAAUAGUCUACAAUGUAACCAGCUAUUGGGGAAGUAUUUGCUUUGAUAGCCACUUGACCUUGACCAAGGUAGGUGAUUCAUUUAUUGAUAAAAUAUUUCUCAGAAGUGUACUGAGCCAGGCACCUUAGGGAUACAAAAAUGGUAAAAUAUAGUUCUUGCCCUUGAGAAAUUCAUCAUCCAGUAUGGUAAAAAAAUCAAAAGAUCAGAUGUAGAACAUGUCCAUCUAUGUGAGUGAUUUUGGUCACUUAGUAGUGAAAUCUGAAGAAUGCCAAGACUGUAUAUUAAGUAAUUUUCUCCCCUGUGGAUGCAUGUAAAAUUCCACUAUAAGAGAUUUAUUCCUAUGAAGUAAAGAAUUAUACCCAGAGAUUCUGUCAGAGUGAAAAUUCCCAAAAGCAAUUAACAAUGGCUAGUAUAUUUAAACACUAAUGCCAAGUCUUUUGUACUAGAGUAACUGCCAGGAACAAUAUGUUGAGAAGGAUUCUAAGGUCCUGUUUCCAGCCCAACAGGGAAAAAUGCUGCCCUAAGGAAAGGAGGAGGAGGAGCAGGAGAUAGCACUUGUGCCGCAUAUUUCCUAUCCAUGAGUCAAACCUUUGUUUAUGGAACAAAUAAUGAAGCUGGGGACAGACAGAGUCUUUGGGUUUCUGGGCAAAGGCCCACAAGGAAACUGAUUUAUCUACCACACAACUGAGAGUUCACCACCUGUCCCCAGGCUAACCAGCCUUAAGAAGUCUAAUCUCUCUCUUGCCAUUGCCAAACUCAAUCUUUAUUCUUCUGUGCUCAGCAGGAAUAGAAAUGGUAAAGGUAUGUGCAAUCUUUGAGAACUAGGAUAAGGCAAAUCCCAACAUCUCACAGGGUUGGUCUGACUGGGAGAGGCUGUUACUUCUCUACUCAGAAUCAGUCCUCCCAUCUUCCCUUGUUAUGGAAUCCUCCAUUUUGUGAGGACCAGCAGCAUGCCCCCCUCAAAGAUGACAGCUGGCCAUGUGACUAGUUUGGCCAAUGAUAGGUGAAUCUCACAAGAAAGCUCUCUGGUGGUAUUUCCUCUUUUGUUUCUUGGAAUGUGGACACAGUGGCUGAAAUUCUAGCCUGUGCUUUGUAAUACCACCUGACCUUGAAGAUGAAAGCCAUGAACUAAGAUCUGUCCCUGUAUGCUUCUUUUACAUGAAAGAAAUAAACUAUGUUGUAUAAGCCACUGUUAUUUUGCAUUCCCAAGUAAUGUGCAGCCAAAUCUGAUCCUGAUUUGUUGAGGAUCUGAUAUUAUCCUUUGAUAGAGUGUUAUGUCUCUGUGUUUUCACUCUGCAGUUUUCACUCAUUGGCCCCCAGAAAAUGGGGAUUCUGACCUACAACUGGGCAGUCAUCAUGUGUACUUGGCUGCCCAUAGUAGAACGCAGUUUGGAAUGGGAAAAUGCAGUAGGCAGGCUCGAGCCAAGGUAAGAUUUUGUAGCAAAAAGAAGUUGUUCCUCCAAAAGGCAGAUUAGUCCCCAUGGAAAUUGAAAGAAUUAACUGCCUGAUGCAUUAUUUUAAUACAGCAUUCUUUCAGUAUUCCCAGAACUGGAACUGAGCAUACUAUGCUGUAUGUGUGUCUUACAGACAUACUGUGGUAGAUAUUAAAGAUCCACCUGACCCAGGAAAUUAAUUCUCUCCUGUUCAAAAAGUUUUUUCUGGACCUCUCUUCAUGACUCCUCCACUGACUAUUUGGAAAAAGACUAGAAAGUUGGUUUCUGCUACCUUAUAUUCUUCCAAACACAGGCAAGAAGUCUUUCUAGUCAAAGAUGGUUGGCACUGGGGAUGUUGGAGGGGAUUUCUCCCAUGAGCCAGGCACUUUGCAUACCUUUAUGUUAGUUAACUGGCCUCACGUUAGACCCUGUUGCCAACAGGACAAAAACCAGCAGCAUUUUAAAAGUAAAAUAAAGAUAAUUGAUAAAUUGUGUUAACUUAUUGCCUGUACCUCACAUUUAUGAUCUCGAGGGAACUUAAAACACUACAGCUAUAAUUCAACAUUCAGACAGCCCUAGUGUCCCCAGGAGCAGCUGGGUAGAUCCUGCUGAAGUGGGCAAUCCUGUCACCUCCCUGCUUGAGGUUUGUCAAUAGCCUCUCACUGGCUAUCGAAUAAAAACUCCACUCUGCCUGGCAUUCAGGCCCACCUUUCUCCAGCCCAUCAGCACUGUUCACAGUUAACAGGCCUGUCAUUCUGGUCUCACUUUACUCAUGUGACCUCAUUGCCUGAACACCUUUCCUCCUCUGCUGCCCAGCUCCACGUGUUUUUAAUCCUUCUUAGCCUUCAAGGCCCAGCACAAGCACUGUUUUUUCUCAGUCCCUCAUGCUGGAAACCAUAAACUCACAUAGGUUUUAUCUAAAACCAUCCAUAUUUUCUAGUUGUUGUUUUUAUCCAUUAAUUUAUUUUAUCUUGCCUACUAAACUCUAAACUCCUAAAAGACACCCUUGUUUGCUU